ACCAACAUGGUUUAUCACAUUAUCAGCUGCUGACCUACAAAGGGAAGAGCUAUAUACUAUGCUUUAGCAAAAAAAAAAAAAAACUAUACUGAUCUUGGCUUAGAUGAAAAGUGGAAGCUAAUGAGAGAAAAUCCUCUGCUUGUUGCAAAACACUUCAACCGCAGAAAACAAGCAUUUCUGAACUACUUACUACACGGAAAAUCAAAACCACUCGGUGAUAUCAUUGACUACUUUUUGUGCAGUGAAUUUCAGCUAAGAGGUAGUCCCCACAUUCACAUGUUUUUGUGGGUAAAGGACAGCCCAGACCUACAAACAAAAGAAGGAUGCCUUCUUGCACCAGAUUUUAUUGACAAGUAUGUAUCAACAACAAUACCUGAUGAGUCUGAUCUUGAUCUUAGAACACUGGUUGAAACUCUACAAACACACCAUCAUACAAAGACGUGCCUAAAAAAGUACAACAGAUGUAGAUUUGACUUUCCUAAGCCACCAACAGCAGUGACAAGAAUUAAAACAAAUGCAGAUAAGGUAACCCAUCAAGGUUUUAUGUUACAAAAUGUACACCAUCAGAUUGUAUGAUAAAUGCAUACAACCCUGACAUAUUGAAAAUCUGGAGAGCUAAUACGGACAUACAGCUAAUCCAAGGUGUUUAUGGUGUUGCUAUGUACAUUUGUACCUACAUUUGCAAAUCUGAACCACAAGGAUUAAAACUUGCAAUCACAAAAGCACUUGAUGCACUUCCAGAAAACUCCUUACAGAGGAAGUAUCUCCAUAUUAUAGGUUCAGUAGUACUAUCUCAUCAUGAAAUAUCAGCUCAAGAAGUGCUUAUCGAAUGAUUAACUUACCACUUGUGGAAUCAUCAGUGAGAACAAUAUACUUAAACUGCAGAAAACCAGACAAGAGACACAAAUUUUAAAAUCAAAUGCAGAGAGACAACAGCUAGAUGAUGAUAUAGUGAAGAUAUUUUUCAAACUGGAUUACCUGAUUACCACUCAAUUCGACCAAAAGGAAAUAAAUGGGACAAAAUGAGCCUUGCAACAUUUGUUUCAUGGUACAAACUAUGCAGUUCAAAUCAACAUUCAAAUCAUAGGCAACCAUGUUAUGAGCUCCUAUACUCAACAAAAAGAGUAAUACAGCAUAAGAGAUCUGCUUGUCUAAGAAUGCCAAAGCUAUCUCUGCAUACAGAUACUGAUGAAUAUUUUUACUCAAAACUGUAUGCAUUCCUGCCAUUUCGUAAUGAUCAACAGGAAUUUGUUUAUCCAUACACCAAUGCUAUGAUGCCUUCAUAGCAAAACGCAGUCAAUUUGAUGCCAGUGCAUGUUCAGAAGCAAACAUUCACGAUGAGUUAAUCAAAGCAGCACACAUCAUUAAGAUCCAUGGAAUCAGGUGAAAUAGAUAUUGCACCCUCCCUAACACCAAAUACAACACACAUGGAAGAAAACAUUGAGAACACUGAGGACCAAGCACGAAAAGAUUAUGAUUUCUUGCAACCCACUCAGAAUGAAGUAGAACAUUCCUACAUCGAUCAGAAGAAUCAACCAACCACUCAACAGAAUCUUACUGUUCACUAAAAGAGGACUUGGCAAACCUACAUGUAUCCAUCUUUACAAUGACAGACUGUGAAUAUCUAACUGCCAUUGCAACAUUGACACAAGAACAAAACCAAAUAUUACAGGUUAUCAACAACCACAUCACAUCAACUAAAAGUCCAACUAAGUCAGCUGAAAAGGUUCCCACAAAACCUCUCUAUCUCUUCAUUAGUGGAGGAGCUGGCACAGGGAAAUCAUACCUCAUAAAAAUAAUUAAAGAACUUAUAAUCAGAGAAACUAGAACAAAUUCAGUAAUGCUCACAUCACCAACAGGUUGUGCUGCAUAUGGAAUUGGAGGAAAAACACUUCACGGUGCUUUUAACCUACCAGUUCAGCAUCCCAAAUCUAAGCUCAUGAACAACUAUUUACCACUUAGUAAUGCCAAGCGAGACCAUCUUCAGACUGUUUAUUUAGAUCUACAGUAUUUGAUAAUAGAUGAAAUCAGUAUGGUAUCAGAUCACAUCUUCCACUGUAUACAUGACAGACUACAAGAAAUCAAAUGUGUACAGCAGUCUGGAAUAUUCGGAAAUUGUUCACUUAUUACCUUUGGUGACCUUUACCAACUUCAACCAGUGGCUGCAUACUAUGUAUUUGACCAAACAAAUUUCAGUGGAAUAUCAAAUCUAUGGAUAAAAAACAUUGCUCCAUUCUUUUUAACAGCAAAUGUCAGACAACUAGAGGAUCCCAAUUAUGCUGCACUGCUAAACCGAGUAAGAACUGGAGAACAAACAGUCUAGGACAUUACCAUACUAUCUCAAAGAAUAUCAGUGGGCUGCAGUAAACCUCCAUUCAUCAAUGCAUUAAGAUUAUAUCCAACAUGAAAGCAGUGCAGACAGUACAACAACACCAAAUUAAAUGAACUUGCAGCUUCAAACUCCUCAGAAGUAACCAUUAUUGAAGCAAUAGACUCUACCACUAACAAUGAUAUGGUACCAAAAAACCUUGUACCAACUGAUGAUUCAGUAUGUGGAGGUCUACCACAUACACUUUCACUUGUCCCUGGUACAAGGGUUAUGCUCCUCAGAAACAUAAUGACCACAGAGGGUCUUGUCAAUGGAGCUCAGGGAACAAUUGAGACCAUUGUUUGGUCCGAAAGCCAGAAAAUGCCC